AUGCCUCGGACAGUUGCGGACAUUAUUUUCAAUGAACAAGCAAAUCAUAACUUCUCAAAAACCCUCGGUGAGAUCAAAAGAACAACUCUAUCUAUUCACAAUCGGCUUCGAUCUAUUCUCGAAGACGCAAAAUUCGCUCAGUCCGUUGCAAACGCCUACAAUAGGCCUCUAGUAGCAAAUGAGAGAUGUGGUAGCUGGUACAUUGAUCCCAAUGAGAAAGGAGGAAGUGCAUACUUCAAGAGCACAGAUGGUCAUACUGGUGUUUGGAAGUUCAGUUCACGUAGACUGAAUUUACACCUGUUAGAUAUAAUUGGUCAAAAUGAUGGAUGUAUCAUUAUGGAUUCUACUAGGCGGGGAAAGCGUAUGCCUGAUGCAUUAAGCAAGACAAUACCAAUAUGGUGUUGUGUACUGAACCGCGUCUUAUUUCCUAACAAUCCAGUGGCUCAUCAGCUUUACGCUCCACCACAAGUUGUUUCUGAUUCCGAGCACGCUCAAAUGACGAAUUUGAUUCCCCAAUUCGUGAAAGCAUUUCAGACUCUCAAUCUACCUAUUGAAACCUUCCGAAGUAAGAUUCGCAAGCCGAUCAGACCAAUUUGGGUGACUCCAGAGUCCCAAGUUUCCGACACGAUCGUUAUUUUUGAAGAUUUUCACCCUGUCAUAUGCUGUACAGUUUCGCGAAGAGUUCCUGGAGGAGAGGCUAGUGAGGGGGGCUAUAUACAAGGAGCAGGAGACGAUACAGAAAAUUGGGCUCAUGGGCUCACUCCGGACAUCUUUUGGGCGAAUCAGCAAACUUUAAUUGAAACAUCGGAAGAGAGUUUACCUGAGCUCAUUAAGACGUUGAGAGGCCAAGCAAGCUUAUCACCUAGGUCUAAUGAGAAACAACGCCUCGUAAAACCGACUUCCUGUCUUUCUCUUUCGACUAUCGGUGCAAUUCCACCUCUAGACAGCAAUGUUGGUAUUUGUACUAUUGUACUCUUGCCGAAAGUUACUUCCAAAGAUACAUGGCACACUUCUCCCUCGCGAAUCAACGUUGGUCUUGGAUCCAAGAAAGUCGGUAGUAAGAAUCUCCGCACAGCCCUCAAAGAUAUCUCUGAAUUCUUCAUCAGGAAUCUCAAUGAUUUUACUUCAAAGGGCUCUUCCAGCGAAGAGAUGCAAGUCAUUGUUGCUUGCGAGUCUGGGCAGGAUCUUUCAGUUGGCGUAGGGUUGGCGCUACUCUGUCUUCACUUCAAUGAUGAUGGUCAUCUGAAACUAGCGUCUGGAAACGAUCAAUCCUCCAUUGACAAGGACUUUAUCCGGCAAAGGUUGACUUGGAUCUCAACAUCGAUGCCUGAUGCAAAUCCAAGCCGAGCUACUUUGCAGAGUGUGAACAGUUUUUUAAUGUCACCUUGA